GCCAUUAUUAUGACUCCAAAACCAGUUUCCGAAACAGAAUUACGUGAAUGGGGAAAAUGUUUAUUAAAUCCAUCCGCUUCUCUAGUUGAUCGUUCACGUGCUCUUUGGGGAUUACGUCAUGCUGCUGAACCAUUAGCACUUGAAUUGUUAGCUGAUUUUGUUUGUAAUUAUGUUAAGCCAUCACCUAUCGCUAAUGAUCUUUUACAACAUGAAGCUGCUUAUUGUCUAGGACAACGUGGUGAUCCAAAAGCUGUACCACAUCUUUUACAAGCUUUACAUAAUGAUAAACAUGUUACACUUAUUCGUCAUGAAGCUGCUGAAGCAUUAGCUGCUUUAAGUGGAUGUGAUGGUGCAGAUAUUGAAGUAAUUGAAAAAGCUUUAAAAGAAUAUGUUAAUUCAAAUAUAAUUGAGUUGGCUGAAACAUGUCAAGUUGGUUUAAAUCGAAUUGAAUGGAUUAAAAACAAGAAAACAAUCCAACAUAAAGAUUCUCAAAUAUCAUGUGAUUUAGCUGCAAAAUUGUUUCCAAAUACGAUUGAUCCAGCGCAUAGUUUUACCGGUGAUCAACAAUAUACUGAUGAACAAUUACAUGAUUUAUUAAUGGAUCCUAAUCAAAAUUUAUUUACACGUUAUCGUGCAAUGUUUACUUUACGUGAUCGUGUCUUACAAGCAGUUAUUGAUAAAACAUCACCAGAAAAGCCAGCUAAUUUAUUAGCUGAAGGAUUAACAGCUCCAAAUAGUGCAUUACUUAGACAUGAAGUUGCUUUUGUCUUAGGACAAUUAACAGUAGCUAGUACUGUUCCACAAUUAUCUACAUGUGUUCGUCAAACAAAUGAACAUCCAAUGGUUAGACAUGAAGCUGCUGAAGCACUUGGUUCUAUUCUAGGUGAAUUAGAAGGAAAAUAUUUAACAAAGAAUGCGAAAGGUUCCGUACCGAAAGAAUUUGAACAUCAAGCACGUGAAGUACUAGAAGAAUUUAUAAAAGAUAAAGAGCCAGUGGUUCGUGAAAGUUGUGUACUGGCUUUAGAUAUUGCAAAUUAUAUUGCAUCGCCGGAACAAUUUCAAUAUGCUUCUGUACCACAAAGUUAACUAACCACUAAUUGCUAUUGGUAAUAGUAUUAUUACAUUGCCUUUUUCUGUGGACAAAUUCUACAAUAUUUUUUGUGUUAUUGUUUAUUGUUGCUAUGAUUUCAAGGUUAAUUCCUACUUGUCAUCGUAUUUUAUACUCAGGGAUUAUUGUUUAUUAAUUUUCAUGUUAAGUCUACAUUUUGGUAAACUAUGUUCUUAGUUAAUAAAUAAAUACAUAAUACAAA